AUGAGCGACUUCCGCCGCUUCCAGGGCGGCACAUCAGACGAUGAUGACGGCGGCGGCGGCGGCGGCGGCCGGGGCGGCCGGGGCGGCGGCCGCGGCGCCAGUCGAUCGAGCAGCAGCUUCUGGCGGAGCCAGCGUGGGCGUGGUCGCGGCGGGCGCGGCGGCGGGCGCGGCGGCUCGGCGUCCGGCGAGACCUUCCGCGCGGCGGCCCCCGGCGACCGCGACCGUGAUGUGCCCGGGGUCAUCCGGUCAUCGUCCUGGCGCGCGCCGGACCCCUCGGCCAGCGGGGCGCUGGCCCCGGCCUCCACCUACCAAGCCGGUGGCCGGGCCCCCAGCCGGGCCCCUGCCCCCAUCACCCCAGGGUCAUUCAUGUAUCGCUUCCAGGUGGCCGUCCCACCGGAUCCGCAAGUUUUGUCCAUUCUCUGGCCGCUCUACCUGGCCGGGACGCCACCCGACCACCCCGGGCCGCACCUCGGCCUGAUCGAGAGUUUUGUCGAGGUCCUCCGGUCGCUGGCCGACACCCUGAUGAGCCGGCUGUCAGACUCGCGGUUCCCGGUCCUCUCGAUCUCCUUCACCUGGCUGUCGCGCGAGUACACCCACACGGCGGAGCGCCUGUCGCGCGGCGCCUCGGCCGGCUUUGAGUCCGCCUCCUCGGCCGCCGAAUUGGGCGCCAUGCCCGAGCGGUCCUUCCGGUCGUUCCUCACCGAGGGCCUUCUGGGUUUGAACCUGGCGGUCAUGGUGCGCGAGCGCCACACGGAUUUGCUCCCGUGCUUGCAUCUGGCCGCGCACUAUGUCCUGCUGGAGCUGCUGAGUCGGGAGUUUGGCCCGAAUGGGGCAGCCGGUGGCGGGGGGCCGGCCACGCAGAUGGCCGGCCCCUGUCCGCCAAUCCCGCGGGACUUCCUGACACAUCUGGGCCCCGGGGGCCGGCCCCUGCCGGCCGGCUCCGUCAGCCAGGAGCACAUCGACUCGCACCACCUGGAGUGGCUGCUGCACUGCAAUGUGCCCUUGCGCGUGUCGCUGCUGGGCUUCCUGCCGGUGACCCUGAUCCAGGACCUGCGUGCAUACUAUGUGGGGAAGUUUGUCUCGGUCCGGGGGACGGUCGUCCGCACGUCCAACAUCAAGCCGGUGGCCCUGUCCGGGGAGUUUUCCUGCGUCAAGUGCCUCGGCCAGCAGGUGGUCCUCUUUACCGAGGGCCGUUUCCAGCCGCCGGCUCGGUGCCUGGGGCGCGGGUGCCGAGGCAAGGUGUUCGAGUUCCUGCGCGACUCGCCGGGGACAACCACCUGCGACUGGCAGCAAAUCAAAAUCCAGGAGCUUCCGCGAGAGGAUGCCGGCGAAACGGCCGACGACGCCAUGGCCGGACGCAUCCCCAAGAACAUUGCCGUCGACCUGCCGCCCUACCUGGUGGACUCCUGCGUGCCGGGCGAUGUGGUCACUGUCACCGGAACCGUGAAGCUGGUCGGCACGGAGGAGAGUGACUCCAGUGGAAGCACCGGGGCGGGCACCGGCGAGGGGUCAAGCUCGCGCAAGCGCAAUCGCAACGCCACCACCUUCUUCCUGUAUCUCGAAGCCCUCGGGGUGGAGAGCUCGCGUGCCAACGAUGCCGGCGACUUGGAACACACGAACAGCACCGCCGACAGCCGAGUCUCUUCGGAUUCUUAUUCCGGCUCGGAUCAGUCCUUCUCCGUGCGAGACCUCUACUCCAUCCGGUACAUCGCUUCGCGUCCGGCCCUCUUUCGGCGCCUGGUCCACUCCAUGUGUCCGGCCAUCCAUGGACAUAGCAUUGUCAAAGCCGGUUUCCUGCUGGCACUGUUCGGCGGCCGGCGCAAGCACACCGGCAACGACGACCGGCUGUCAGUACGCCACGAUUCCCACAUCCUGGUGGUCGGUGAUCCGGGCAUGGGCAAGUCCCAGCUGCUGAAGGCCGUGUCCAGCAUCGCCCCCCGGUCGGUGUACGUCAGCGGCAUCAAUGCCACGUCCACCGGUCUGACGGUGACCCUACACCGGGACCCGGACACCGGCGACUUCGCCCUGGAGGCCGGGGCUCUGGUCCUGGCUGAUCAGGGCAUCUGUUGCAUCGAUGAGUUCGACAAGAUGGGCACCAAUCACCAGGCCCUGCUGGAGGCCAUGGAGCAGCAGAGCAUCAGCAUCGCCAAGGCUGGCAUCUGCUGCACGCUCCCCUCACGCACAAGCAUCCUGGCCGCGGCCAAUCCGAUUGGUGGGCAUUACGACAAAAACAAAACCGUCUCUGAGAACCUCAAACUCUCGAAUGCCAUCCUCUCGCGCUUCGAUCUGAUCUUCAUCCUGCUGGAUACUCCGGACUCCGAGCUGGAUCGGGUCCUUUCGGCCCACGUCAUGUCGCUCCAUAGCGGACUUGGGCCUGGUGAGCGGGCGGAUGCCCGAUCGCCAAGCCAAGGGCAUGGUCAUGUACCCCAGCAGCAACAGCAGCAGCCGCCGCCGCCGCCGCCACAUCCCUCCGCCGCCGCCGGCAAUGCCAUGCCCUCCCGAGCUCCCGGUGAUCUGGAUGCCGAUGCCUUCAUCCGCGACCUUUCAACCGCACCAUCCGGCUUCAGUCCCUUCCCGCCGAAGCUCCUGCGCAAGUACAUCCUCUAUGCGCGGACAUAUGUCUUCCCGACCCUUACCCCCAAGGCGGCCGGCAUUCUGCAGCGCUUUUACUUGGAGCUUCGGUCAAAGUACGCGGCCUACGAUUCCACCCUGAUCACCACGCGUCAGCUGGAGAGCCUUAUUCGCUUGGCGGAGGCCCAUGCGCGCGCGCACCUGCGCGAGUUUGUCCUCGAGGAGGAUGCCCUUGCCGCGACGGCGCUGAUGAAGCACAGUGUCUUCAGUACCCUCGAGGAUGAGCACAACCAGCUGCAAUUCGGCCGCGCACAGCAUGGCACCGGUUCCAGCAACCGCAACGCCCAGCGGCGCUUCCUCUCCCAGUUGGAGAUCCUGGCGUCGGCACGUGGCGAUCACAACUUCACUCGCGGCGAGCUGAUGGACCUGGCCCGCGUUCUCCAAAUCGGGAAUCCAAACUCCUUCAUCGACAACCUAAAUCUGAACGGCUUCCUCCUCUAUCAGGGCAGCAAUCGGUUCCGCCUCUUCACAUCGUAGAACACCCGAGCUCGGACAAUGGCAUUUUUCGUUCUACAAUACCAACCAAUAAAAUGUGUCCUCGGUC